AUGGCAUCGAUGUUUACAAUCCUUUGUGGUUAUUUCACUCUUGGAAAUGCCCUUCUUAUACUGCUCUUCUUACUGCUGUUACAUAACCAGUUUGUGCUGUACGAGUUCCGUAGAAUGCCACCUGGUCCUCGCUUCACAACUCUUCCAGUGUUAGGAAAUGUAUUGUCCCUCGAUCUAAGAGCGGAAAAAGCCACAGAAGCUUUUAAAAGCCUUAGAAAAAAAUAUGGUCGAGUCUUCUCUUUGAAAAUUGGAAGCUACAAGGUUGUGAUGGCGUCAACUCCAGAGGCUAUUAGGGAGAUGCUCGUAACAAAAUCUACCGAUUAUGCAGGGAGACGACAAGCUUAUUCUCUUCAUGAAGGAUCACUAGGAGGUAAAGAUAUCGUGUUCGGUAACUAUGGUCCUGCCUGGAAGUUCCAUCGGAAGCUCUUCACAACAGCCCUGCGUCAGUACUUAUCCAACAACCCUUUGAUAGAAAACCUCGUUUCAACGAAGGCUGAGAAAAUUGUUCAGUUCAUGGAAAAGCAAAAUGAAGAACCGUUCGACCCCUCAAAUUGCUUGCGGAAUGCAGUUUCAGAUGUUAUUUGUGGCAUCACAUUCGAAGAAGGCUUUGACACAACCAAUCCAUACUUGAACAAACUUUUAAAACUUAACGUAGAUCUAGUCGGAGAUGUCGCAAAUUGUCAGCUGGUCAACUUCUUAGAUUUCUUUCCGUUGGCGAAGUACUUGUCCCUCAAUGCCUACAAUCGCUUUUUUCAGACUGUGUUUGCAAUGUAUGAUAUUAUUCGCCUUUUCCCUAAAGAACGAAAAGAGAAGUUUGAUCCAGAUGAACCAGUAAAGGAUUUAAUCUCGGGCCUAUUGUCUGCCAAGCACAAAGCAGAUUGUAAGGGUGACCAACAAAGAUUAGCUCUUUUAUCUGAUGAUCACUUUGUCUGCAGUAUAGAAGACAUGUUUGGCGCCGGUCAUGAAACCACAAGCACGACACUGAAAUGGGCGAUUGCUUUCUUGGUCAAUUACCGGGAAUACCAAGAGGAUACUCAAAAGCAGCUAGAUGAAGUACUUGGCGAAAGAAGUCCCUCUCUUAACGAUCGCCCAAAUUUGCCCCUAGUUCAAGCAGCCAUCGUCGAAACGUUACGAGUUGGGAAUACAGCUCCCCUAGCUGUGCCUCACCUCACCAUCACUGAUACGACGCUCUGUGGGUAUUUCAUUCCCAAAGACACAAUCGUGAUACCUGACACGGAAUCCGUCCAUCUCGAUCCUGCCUGCUGGGAAAGUCCUACCGUGUUCAACCCUUACCGUCAUAUUGAUGAGCAUGGUAAAGCUAUCGCCAACCAGGAAAAUUUCUACCCCUUUUGGAGCCGGACGUCGCGUUUGUGCAGGAGAGUCACUCAUUUUCCCAAAGCAACACUCAUAAUUGCUACAAUGGCGUCGGUGACUUCCACGAUAUAUGACUUCAUCACCAUAGGGAAUGUUUUUCUACUUUUCUUUUUCCUGCUCAUUCUCCAUUAUCUCAUGGUGUUGUACGAGUUCAGGAGCAUGCCUCCGGGUCCGCGAUUGACGACUAUCCCAGUUUUGGGGAACAUAUUCUCCCUCGACUUCAAAGCAGAUUUACUCUCGGACGCUUUCAAAAGUCUCAGAGACAAGUACGGUAACGUUUUCUCCAUAAAACUCGGAAGCCAUAAGUUCGUGAUGGCCUCAUCCUCCGAAGCCGUUCAGGAGAUGCUUGUUAAGAAAUCAGGGGAUUAUGCGGGAAGACAACAAACAUAUUUUGUGGAAAAAUUGACCCUUGGCGGCAAAGAUAUUGCGCUUGGUAAUUAUGGCCCAGCUUGGAAGUUUCAUCGGAAACUCUUCAUUACCGCCCUACGCCAGUACCUUUCCGACGUACCACUGAUUGAAAGCCGUGUCUCAACACAGGCAGAGAAGCUUGUGAAGUUCUUGGAAGAUCAGAGUGGAAAACCUUUCGAUCCUGCAGACUGUUUUCAGCACGCUGUUGCUAACGUCAUUUGUGGUAUAACGUUUGGGGAAGGCUACGACACAACAGACCCAAGGUUGAACAAGUUACUUAAACUUAACGUGGACAUUGUAGCGGAUACUGAGAGUAAUCAGACAAUUCUCAUGUUGGAUUUCUUCCCAUUUGCAAGAUACUUACCAGUCAAGGCUUAUGAUAAACUUCUUAAGCCCAUGUAUGAAAUAUUCGAUAUUAUCCGCGUAUUCCUGAGACAGAAGAAAGAAAAUUUUGAUGCAGAAGAACCCGUUAAAGAUUUAAUCACUGGACUACUGCUCGCCAAACACCGUGCUGAGUUGGAGAGUGAUGAAGUGAAGGACGCUUUUCUUUCCGAUGACUACUUAGUCAACACUAUCGAGGACAUGUUUGCUGCUGGCUACGAAACUACAAGCACCACGAUGAAAUGGGUAAUAGCCUUCUUGGUAAACAACCCAAAGUACCAGGAGGAUAUUCAACACCAGUUGGAUGAGGUAGUUGGUGAACGGAAUCCCUCUCUCGAAGAUCGUCCUAAUCUGCCCCUGAUUCAUGCAAUCAUCAUAGAAACGCUACGGCUUGGAAACGUAGUGCCUCUUGCCGUGCCUCACUUCACACUUACCGACACUACAAUGUGUGGCUACCGUGUUCCAAAAGAUACGAUCGUCUUCGCUGAUACAGAAUCUGUCCAUCUGAAUCCCAAGUGUUGGGAAAACCCCACAGAGUUUAAUCCUUACCGUCAUAUCGACGAGAAUGGCAAGCUAAUCACCAACCAGGGCAAUUUCUACCCUUUUGGGGCUGGACGACGGGUCUGUGCAGGCGAACCACUGGCCAAAGUUGAGCUGUUCCUGUUUCUGUCGUGGAUGUUCCAGAAGUUCAAUUUUGUCCCUGAAGAAGAGGGUCAUCCUCCAAGCUUGAAGAGAGAAUUUAGCGGCACUCAGUUUCCGUCUCCUUAUAAGAUCCGCGCUGUCAAAAGGAAAUGAGUAGACGGUCUCAACCAUCGUUGCUAUGAAUAAGCCAUUUCUUUUACCCGCGAUUUUUGUAACAGAGCAGUUUUUUAUAUACAUUAUUGUAGCCUUGUAUCGCAAAAUCUAAUAUCCUACACAGCUUUGAUCUAAACUGAAACUUCAUUGCAAUUUUAUUAUUUUUUCGGUGAGUUACUUACAAACAUUUUAUUGCUGAUCUCGCUUUGUUUUGUCGGAUCUUAGCUGGGACUGUAUGAAGAUUUAGGGUGAAACUUUCUAAAGAUUUAACAUUUUUUAGGAGAAUGCUUGAAAUACAAGCUCUGCUUUACGUGAUUCGUUAGUUAGUGUGACUUGGUGGACGAUAGACAAAGACUUACUUAUAAACAGAAGAAUGAGGCAGAUGAAGAGCUCUUUCUACACAACCUGAGUCAUUCUUUCAAGCGUAGAUGUGUUUUAGCGUAUUUGUGAGGUAAUAAAGACUGUAAACGCAAAACAAAGUGAGAGAGAGCUUCAGAGGGUUAGAGAAAGCAAGAAAGAUUCUUUAAACAAACGACAACCAUUGUGAAGUUUAAAAAAAAAAAAAUGCAUGUCAUGAAACAAAUGUUGCUUGAAGAGAGAGUUGUCCAAUACACUCAAACUGAGUCGAUUCGUCUAAGACAGUUUGCGAAUCGUCUUACCGGAAGUCGAUUUGCGGUUAAGUAGUCUCCUGAUUCCGGAAAUCUUAAUAACCCAUCUUUCAUGAGAUCGAAACGCAUAUCUGAAGUUCAUUUGCAAGACAUUUAGGAACUGAAAUAUUUCGCAAGUGGCUAAGAAGGGGUGAAAGGGGGAUUGAAGAUGUUGUCGAAUCGACUCGCUUCGACACGAAUCGAACGACUCAUCUCAGUUGAAGUCGACCCGUUAAACCGGAAGUUGAUUUGCAAGACACUUUGAAAAUAUUCUGCAAGUGGCUGCGAAGAGGGGUUGAAAUUGUUGUGAAAUCGAAUCGAUUCGACUCGAGGCGAAAGACUCGUUUCAGUUGAAGUCGACCCGUCAUAGCGGAAGUCUAUUUGCGAGACACUUAGAAAAUACUCCACAAAUGGCUUCGAAGAGAGGUUGAAAAUGUUGUCGAAUCAAACGACUUAUCGAAGUCAGAAGUCGCCCCGUCAUACCGGAAGUCGAUUUGCAAUACACUUGGAAAAUAUUCUGCAAGUGACUGCGAAGAGGGGUUGAAAAUGUCAUCGAAUCGACUCGAAUUGAAGGACUCGUUAAGAA